CAAUAAAUAAAUAAAAAAAAAAAAGAAAAAUGUUGCAAAAAACAACAAAGCCAUUACCGUAUAGACAAUUAUUUGCCAUUUGCGUAUGUCGUUUUGCUGAACCAAUUUGUUUUACUGUUAUUUUUCCUUUUGUCGUUCAGAUGAUAAGAGAUUUUCAUAUUGCUGAUGAAAAAGGUGUAGGCUAUUAUGUUGGCCUUAUAACAUCAUGUUUUGCUCUUGCUCAACUUUUGACUGGCAUACAUUGGGGAAUAUUAUCUGAUCGAAUUGGUAGAAGACCGGUUAUUUUGCAGGGCUUAGUUGGUACAAUAUCUAGUAUUUUAUUGUUUGGUCUAUCAAAAUCAUUUAUAUGGGCACUUUUAUCUCGAAGUUUAUGUGGUCUUCUUAAUGGUAAUAUCGGCGUUUUGAAAAGCAUGGUAUCAGAGCUAACUAUGGAUUAUUUACCUCAUCAAAGAGCACAAGCUUUCUCAUUAUUACCAUUAAUGUAUGGUCUUGGAUCAAUUAUCGGUCCCAUGCUCGGUGGCUUUUUAUCACAUCCAGUUUCCAAUUAUCCUAACGUAUUUAGUAAUCUUGGGAUUAUUUCAGAUUUUUUAACUAAUUAUCCUUACUUUUUACCAUGCUUUAUUUCAGCAUCUAUUUGUACCUUGGGUCUCAUAUUUGGUAUAUUUUUCUUGGAAGAAACACACGUAGUUCAUAAUGAAAAUGCAAUGAAAGGUGAUGAAGAGGAGGAAUUGUUAACAAAUGAUUCAUUUAAUAAUGAGCAACAUUACUCUACAUUUAAAACAAACUCAAAUACUGGUACUGUCAAAAUUCAGCAUUCCCCUACACCUACUGUACACGAUAAACCCACAUCUCCUACAUUGAAAGAAGCACUUACUCCAUCUGUACUAUCAAUAUGUGUUACAUAUGCAUUCUUUGCUCUUCAAGCUAUAUUCAUGGAUGAAUUGUUUCCUCUUUACACUGCUAGUAGUAGAGACAGUGGCGGCUUAGGAUUCACUCCAAAUGAGAUUGGUGUUGCUCUUAGCUAUGCCGGUGUAGUUACCUUAAUUGGCCAAAUAUUUGUUUUGCCUACUCUAACCAAAAGGUUUGGGCUCUUACGAUUGCUUCAAAUAGUACUAAGCAUCCUCAUCUUCCUCUAUCUUUCCCAAGGCAUAAUUCGUAUACUCUAUUUUGUACCUGAUUUUCACGGUGAAACGAAUACUAAAUUAUGGGUGUGGGUAGGGUUAUUGAUAUCAUUAACAAUUAAAACAAUUGGACAUACAAUUUGCUUUACUGGAUGUACUAUUUUAGUAAACAAUGCGUGCCCCAGUGUGGAUAAAUUAGGAGCUGUUAAUGGAUUCUCUCAAUGCUGUGCAAGCGCUAUGCGCUCUAUUGGACCUGCUAUCUGUGGUACGAUUUGGUCAGCAUCUUUAUCUUUGACAUUUCUUCCUUAUCAACUUCGAAUCAAUACCACAUUUAUACUUUUGGCAGCAAUAGGUGCAUUAACUUUUAGUUUAAGUAAAAGAUUAGAUCCAAAUGAUUAUGAAACUGCACAUGCCCGAGAGGAGGUUGUACAUAUUUAUGAAGAAGAAGAGGAGCAUGAAGAAGCUAGUGGAAGCCUUAUUAAAUAAUAUAUUUAGAAUAAUAAUGUUAUUAGAAUUACAACUUUCGGUUUAUUGAAAAAAUAAUCAAUGUUCAAAUGUAAAAUAUAUUUAUUAAUUAUAUAUCAAUAUAUUUGAUGGAGCAAUGCACAUAAUUUAGUAUCCUUUUAUUUUUUUUAUCAUACAUAUUAUUUCAAACAAUCUUAUUAGAUACCAAAUGGUGGCCGUAGUCCUAAACUAAAAAUAAAUUAAAUCUGAUAACUUAAUUCUGUG